AUGUUCAAGAAGGCCGUCAAAGACCACUCAGCAGGUUCCUUCAAGCCGCUUCAGUCCAGCUUGUUCAGUAGCAAUGGCCCAGCGCAGUCGAAACUACCUCCGCAGCAAUCGAUAGGCGUCAAGCGGAAGAUUGAGAUGGCGAAUACCGGAGGAUCUGCGUUAGGGUCCCUUCACAGCGCAGUGUAUUUCGACGAGAAUGAUUUUGAUGAUGAUAUCGAUUUGGACAUUGAAGAACCGGAGCCUUUCAUUCCACCGACAAAAAUUGUGCGGCCGAGCAUCGGGGGGGAGGCCUUGGAGACGUCCUCGAAUGCGAACAGCGGUAUAAUGCGAACCAACAUUUCGAAGAAACCAGAACCCAUCACCAUCGACUUAGUAUCUCCAACCCCGGAUAUCAAGUAUCCUGAUUUACCGACUAUCCCUGAUGAGCAUGUUCCCCCCUCCAGCAGCAUUCAAUAUCCCUGGUCGUCCUCGCCUCCAUCCCACCUACAGAAACCCAGUACCGGUCGAACAAUACCGUGGCUCCAAAAGUCGGAAUCGAUACCGGAGGAGGAAUAUAAUAAACCGCAAACUCCGGCUCGUCCCAAAUCCACUGCACCCUGGAACAAGUCUGCCAGUGCGAUUAAGGAAGAGCAAAAAGAGCUGCGAAGGCAACAUAAAAUGAACCAGAAGAAUGAUGCAAGCUCUAAGCAACUUCAACCUCGUCCAAAGAUCGCCUCCUUAUUUCUCAGCGAUGAACAGCGUCAUGUUCUCGAUACAGUAGUCCAGCAAGGCAAAAGUAUCUUCUUCACUGGUUCUGCCGGUACCGGUAAAUCGGUUCUUAUGAGGGAGAUUAUCAAACAAUUGCGGAGCAAAUAUCGUAAGGAGCCAGAUCGCGUGGCAGUGACAGCUUCCACUGGUCUUGCUGCCUGUAAUAUCGAGGGUGUUACGCUACACAGUUUCGCGGGGAUUGGACUGGGAAAGGAACCAGUUCCCGAACUGGUCAAGAAAAUCAAAAGAAAUCAGAAAGCCAGAAAUCGUUGGCUCCGCACCAAGGUCCUCAUCAUUGAUGAAGUCUCCAUGGUUGAUGGCGACUUGUUUGAUAAACUGGAAGAAAUUGCCCGUCGAAUCAGAAACAAUGGCCGUCCUUUUGGGGGGAUCCAACUUGUCGUUACCGGCGACUUCUUCCAGCUACCACCAGUACCUGAAGGUAGCAAUCGAGAGGCGAAGUUUGCCUUUGCCGCAGGAACAUGGAAUACUUCAAUUCAACAUACCAUCCUGUUGACUCACGUCUUCCGUCAAAAGGACCCCGAUUUCGCCGAUAUGCUAAACGAGAUGAGAUUGGGCAAGCUGACUCCCCGCACCAUUGAGACGUUCAAAUCACUAUCACGACCGCUCAAUUUCCAUGAUUCUCUCGAAGCAACUGAAUUAUUUCCGACUCGCCAUGAAGUCGAACAGGCAAACAGCGCAAGGAUGGUCAAGCUCUCUGGCGAGAUGAUGACCUUCCAAGCAGUUGAUUCGGGGUCGAUUCAAGAUGCCCAGUACCGUGAAAAACUACUAGCUAACUGCAUGGCCCCUCCUGUCAUACACCUGAAAAAGGGUGCGCAGGUGAUGCUCAUCAAGAACAUGGAAGAUACACUUGUGAACGGUUCCAUUGGGCGAGUUGCUGCUUUCAUGGAUGAAGCAACAUUUGAAUACUACCGCGACAAUGAAAAUGAGUUUUCUGGCAGGCAAGAAAAUGGCAGCGACGAGGAAAAUCUAAGUCAUGCUCGCAAGAAGCUCAAGGGCCUUGGUAACAAGGAUGGGGGUAUCGUGGUAAGCAGGAAAUGGCCUCUGGUGUGUUUCGUGCAGCCAGAUGGAACCGAGCGGCAUCUACUUUGCCAACCUGAAGCCUGGAAGAUCGAACUGCCGAAUGGCGAAGUCCAGGCACAACGCCAACAGGUGCCCUUGAUUCUUGCUUGGGCUCUGUCUAUCCACAAGGCUCAAGGCCAAACUUUGCAGCGAGUCAAGGUCGAUCUGGGGCGAGUGUUCGAGAAAGGACAGGCUUAUGUUGCUUUGAGUCGUGCAACCUCGAAAGAAGGCCUCCAAGUCACACGGUUUGAUGCGCGCAAAGUUAUGGUACAUCCGAAAGUCACGGAAUUCUAUGCGAAACUUGUGAGUAUCACUGAUGUGCUUGCUCCCAAAAGCUCGAAGGCGCGUCAGCUAGCAGACAAAGAUUCCAAGUCUCAUUUAGACGAGGAAGAGCUUUUACAACAGCUAUAUGGCUGA